CUGGCCCUGGGGACGCGGAGGUGCGUUAGUCUCGCUGCCUCUCGCCCUUCCUGGGAAGCGCGAGGUCACGUGGCGCGGGGGCCGCUGCCGUGGAAACGCUGCACGCGUUCCCGCGGGGCUGAGCCAGCAGGCUGCGGGGUUAGGGUUCCCCCGGCCUCGCGGCGCUCGGGAGAUGCGGGGCGCGAUGCUGUGCGCACGACGUCUGGGCGGCCUCCGGGCCCGGCUCGGGGCCCGGCAGGUCAGCACCAGCUGGUCCCCGGUGGGCGCCGCCUUUAAUGUCCGGCCCCAGGGCCGUCGCCUGGACCUGUUCGGCGAGCGCCAGGGCCUCUUCGGCGUCCCCACGCUCAGGGCCCCGGAGGGCUUCCGCGUGGCCCAGGAGAGGGCCCUGAGGAGGACGGAGCAGCUGGUGGCGCGCGCCUGCUCCCUGCCGCCCGGGCCGCAGACCGUGCUCCUCUUCGACGAGCUCUCGGACGCCUUGUGCAGGGUGGCCGACUUGGCCGACUUUGUGAGAAUCGCUCACCCCGAGGCGGCGUUCAGGGAGGCGGCGGAGGAGGCCUGUCGGAGCAUCGGCACCGCCGUGGAGAAGUUAAACACAAAUGUGGAAUUAUAUCAAAGUCUACAGAAGUUACUGGCUGAUGAAAGGCUGGCGAACUCCCUCGAUCCGGAAACCAGGCGAGUGGCCGAACUGUUCCUGUUUGAUUUUGAAAUCAGUGGAAUCCAUCUAGACAACGACAAGCGCAGGAGAGCCGUGGACCUGAACGUGAAGAUCCUGGAUCUGAGCAGCACGUUUCUCAUGGGGACCAACCUGCCCGUCAAGGCUGAGAAGCACCUCUUGCCGGAGCGGGUCUGGCACCACUUCGAGGUGGCUGGGGACCACGUCGUGGUCGACGGUCUGCGGGCGGAGGCGCCGGAUGACUUGGUGCGAGAAGCCGCUUACAAAAUUUUUCUUUAUCCCAAUGCUGGUCAAUUGAAAUGUCUAGAAGAAUUGCUCAGCAACAGAGAUCUCCUGGCCAAGCUGGUGGGGUACGAGAGCUUUUCCCACAGGGCUCUCCAGGGGACGAUGGCCAGAAGCCCAGAGACGGUCAUGCAGUUCCUUGAGAAACUCUCUGACAAACUUUCUGAAAGAACCAUGAAAGAUUUUGAGAUGAUGCGAGGGAUGAAAAUGAAACUAAAUCCUCAAAAUUCUGAGCUGAUGCCUUGGGAUCCACCCUACUACAGCAGCCUGAUUCGAGCAGAGAGGUCCAGCGUGGAGCCCGGCGCCUACGGCCCCUUCUUCUCGCUGGGCGCCUGCAUGGACGGCCUGGACGUGCUGCUCGGCCGGCUGCUGGGGGUCUCGCUCCGUGUGCAGCAGCCUGCGCCCGGCGAGGUGUGGGCCCAGGACGUGCGCAAACUGGCUGUGGUCCAUGAGUCUGAAGGGCUGCUGGGAUACAUCUACUGUGAUUUUUUUCAGCGAGCAGACAAACCACAUCAGGACUGUCACUUCACCAUCCGAGGGGGCCGCGUGAGGGAAGACGGCAGCUAUCAGCUCCCCGUUGUCGUCCUGAUGCUGAAUCUCCCCCAGCCCUCGAGGGAUUCUCCGACGCUGCUCACGCCUGGAAUGAUGGAAAACCUCUUCCACGAGAUGGGACACGCCAUGCAUUCGAUGCUGGGCCGGACUCGCUACCAGCACGUCACCGGGACCAGGUGCCCCACGGACUUCGCCGAGGUCCCGUCCAUCCUGAUGGAGUACUUCGCCGCCGACUACCGCGUGGUGCAGCAGUUCGCCCGCCACUACCAGACGGGCCAGUCACUGCCCAGAAGCAUGGUGUCCCGACUCUGCGAGUCUAAAAAGGUCUGCGCUGCGGCCGACAUGCAGCUCCAGGUCUUCUACGCGGCUCUGGAUCAGCUCUACCACGGCCCGCACCCCCGGGGGCGGUGCACCACGGACGUCCUCAGAGCCACGCAGGAGAGGUUCUACGGCCUGCCCUACGUCCCCGGCACGGCCUGGCAGCUGCGGUUCAGCCACCUCGUGGGCUACGGUGCCAAGUACUACUCAUACCUGAUGUCGCGGGCGGUGGCCUCCAUGGUCUGGAGAGAGUGUUUCCUACAGGAUCCUUUCAACAGGGCGGCGGGGGAGCGCUACCGGCGGGAGAUGCUGGCGCACGGCGGGGGCAAGGAGCCCCUGCUCAUGGUGGAAGGUAUGCUUCAGAAGCGCCCUUCCAUCGACGACUUCGUAAACGCCCUCGUGUGCGACUUGGAUCUGGACGCGGAGAGCUUCCUCGCGGACUCGGAGUGACGGCGGAGGCAGAGGCGCGGGGUCAAAGCCGGGUGGAGGAGACAAGAAUGGGUGCUCGCUUCCGACGGCGGGAUUCACGUCUGUCCUGACUCGUGAAAAGCCGUAAACCGAUGGAACUCGCAAUAAAUUGUUUGUUUUCAUCCUG